CAGCAUCAACUGGAACUCAAAAUCGAAGCCAAAUUGAAGUUCUCACAGUUCCUGGAUGAAGUGAGCAGCCGAGUCCUUCGCCCUACCAACCUGUUCGUGUUGUCCAAUCAGACUGAAUCCUCCAGGUCUAACUCUUCCAUCUCCAGUCACAGUGGCAAGUCCCAGAUCCCAGACCCUCAACAGCAGCCGGGGGACGUGGACUUAUCUCAGUGCCCAGAUCAGCCGCAGAGUAUCCAGUCCGCGGAUGGGAUGCAGGAAGAACAAGGUGCUCCAGAGACUCUAGGAAAAGCCUACCUGGAGACGGACAUCGACUGUGUGCGAAGAGAGGAUGAGAUAAAGGAAGUUAAGGCCAAGAAAGAGACGGCCAUCACAUUUGAGAGCAACGAGAGAAGAGAAGUUAAGACUACUACAGAAUGUCUUCCAAACCCCAUCCAGAGAAUCAGACCUUUGAGCCCGCUGCUCUACAGAGAGGAAACCCUCGCUAGAUAUCCUUACCGAUCUGUUUCCCUUCCCAGGGACAUCAACAUGGCUUCGGACGAGGAGAUGCAGACCAUAAGCUCUCUGCAGGAACAGAAAGAAGACCUGCGCAAACGUCUCUCCUACACAACUCAUAAGCUGGAGCUUUUAGAGCGCGAGUUUGACUCCACGAGACAGUACCUGGAGACCGAGCUACGCCGAGCCCAGGAGGAGCUCGACAAGUUCACCGACAAAUUACGCCGAAUACAGAGCAGUUACUCAGCACUGCAGAGGAUCAACCAGGACUUAGAGGAUAAAAUCCAACGAAAUUCACAGCACCACGAUGAUGAGAAACGGGCUCUUAGCAGAGAAAUCAUCGUCCUUAACAAUCAUCUCAUGGAAGCUAAGAUGACCAUUGAGAAACUGAGAGAGGACAAUGACUUAUACAGAAAGGACUGUAACCUGGCUGCACAGCUCUUGCAGUGUAAUAAGUCACUCUACAGAGCCCAGUUAUCUGAGUUGCCUGCAGAGUUUCAGGAGCGUGUAAGCUUGCACAUGGAGGGUUCUUCCCUCUGCCAUUCCCCAUAUGCCGACACAGUGCCUGCCUCUGUCAUUGCUAAGGUCCUGGAGAAACCAGACGAGGUCUGCAGCAGUCAAGCCUCUCGCUCACCCAGCCCACAACCCCAGGAACGCCAGGGAUUCCUCGUGGGCACAAGCCUUGUGGGUAGCACUGAGCGCCUUGGCCUCCGAGCUACUUACAAGUCAGACCUGUAUAGCAGUGACACAGCGCUUUAUUGCCCUGAUGAACGGAGACGAGAGCGCAGACCCAGCAUGGACCUUCAUGGACAGCGGACAGUGUAUGAACCCCAGAACUCCACUGACAGCAACCCAGAAGAGGGAUCCAUGUCCCUGCAGCCUGGCUUCUCCCAGGACCACUUCCGAAAGUUUACAACCUCUCUGGGAGGAGGCUCUAGCUCUUACUCAAGUUUUAGUGGAGGAGGGUCAGAGGACAAGGGGCAGGAUCCUCCGAGCAGUGCUGCAUCUUCUCCGCGCCACCAAGCGCUUUACAUGGACUGGAGGGAUGGGGGUGAAUACGAGCACAAGAGCGACUCUUCCUGGGAGAGGGAGAGUCCAAGCACCUUUACGAAGGCCCAUACUUUUCAACCGCCUGAGUCCAGCCACCAUCAGAAUGGUAGCUCACCCAUCUACAGCAGAACAAUGUCCUCAUGUUACAGUGAACCUUAUGAGCCCCUGCCACCUUCCACCUCCCCCAGCAUCACCUAUGGUGACAGUCGCCGUGGAAGCGCUUUUAAUCCUGAGGAAGAAGAGCUGAUUGGUCGGUGGAGGCAACUGAGUGUGGAGGACCUGAGUGCCCAUUCAUACCGUAGUCCCGGCCGGGCAUCACCCUACAGCUUCUCUGAGCAGCACUUCUCUGUCCGGCCUGCAAAAAUUCGUCUUGGUCCUCUCUACAGUAGCUUCCAGGAAGGUACUGAUGUAUACCACCAUCACGCCGGGGUACUAGAUCCCUUCUCUAUCCCCAGCCCUGAUUGCAGCCCAGGCUUACGGCAGCAGCAGCAAAGCCAACCUCACCUUUACUGUUCCAAGGAGGAUAGCCAAGAGUCCGAGCACAGCCUCUACAGCCCCAAGGACGGUGGGGUGGCAGCUGGGGGCCAGGCAACGGAGUAUGUUGACGUAAGUCCCAACAGUUCAAAUGAGUCACUGGACCAUGGAUCUCUGGAGAUGGGUGCUGAGCUACAGCAUUACCAACCCGAGAGGCACAGCGUGUCUCCUCAGGGAACCACUCCACCACCACCUCCACAACAACCGUACCAAAAAUUUGGCACACUAGGGCUGUCACGUAAGGACAGUCUCACCAAGGCACAGCUCUAUGGUACUCUACUAAACUAAGAGCAGGGUUUCCUGGUUACUCUCUUUUGUCAGAAGGUUUUGAAUGUUAAGCUACAGUUUGAGCCAAACAUAUGAUGGGAUUUUCUGUUGAAUAUUUUCAGUCCAUAAGCUCACUUAUCUUUUUUCUCUCUAUUUCUGUAUCUGUUACAGUGUUUUCUAAACAUCGAACAUACUUUGCUUAUGUUUCUACAGUUGAUAUGAAGCUCUAACACUCAGCACUAUUUGUAUAGCCUAUUUUGAAAGUUUAUUAAUGGUUCUGUGUGAUUUGUGGGAAAGUAUUUUAAGUGCAUUGGGUGCAUUAUGAAUUUUUGGAAACUUGUCUGCAGAGAGAGAGAUUAACUUUGUUUUACCAAAAGCCUUCUGGGCUCUUAAGGGUUUCUGAAUGAACAACACAUGCUAUGUAAAAAGAAAUGCUAAUUUUGACAAGAAAUUUGAACUUUUAUUAUUUAACUUAUGACUAGCUGUAUUUAUUGUUAAGUAUGCUAUAUCUAUAAUUGUUUAAUAAAUGUAACACUAUGGAGAGACUGACAAAUCUAUAUAAUUGUAAAAUAUUUAUAUUGCUAUGAAUAAGGCAGUCAGCACAAUUACACAUGCUGCAAACAAUUAAAAAUGCCCCAAAUGAGUUAAGUCAAAAUAACAAUUUGAGAUUUCACUGCGACCCAUUGACAGAUCGUUCCACAGGUUUGUGAGUGAGACCUUAUGAAAAUAUUUUUGAGAAUAAACUCUGCAUGGAUUCAUAUUACCCUAAGUCAGCCCUUCAAGAUCAAGUCCCAACCAAAGCGAUACUUCUAAUCUAUUUCUAUUUCAAAUAGAUUUGAUACUACUCAAGUCUAUUACAACAUGAAACAAGUACAGUUUCUUGAAAGCACUGGGCAUUUAUUUAACUCCUGAUGUGUUUUGUUGGGUGAUGGAAUUUCCGAGGUGAUUGUUCUUUUCAAUGUUUUCUCUUUUGUUUCUCAGUGCUGUAAGCCCCUCCCUCAGGCCCUCUCUACCUCACGAUUCAAUCCCUCGCUUCUUUCUUAAUCAGCUGGGAUCCUGUGUCAGUUGACACAAUGAUGCAUGACUCUGUUUCUUCUGUUUUGCUUUCUAUAUCUAAUAAAGCACAAUAGUUGCAC